GCUAAUCCCUAUUCUUCUCAGUCACCUGAAGGUACUCUGCACAAAGGGAAAAUCAACACAGUUAGCUGAGAGAAACUCCAAGCUCUUUGAGGAGCUGUAGAAUACAUACACACAGAAACAGAAAAAUGGCAGUUGUGGACAAAGAUGUGGCAGAGAAGUUUCUGGACAGCAACCCUGACUUUGCCAAGGAGUACUAUGAUGCCAAGUUUCGCCCGAAGGUCAUCUCUGAUCUUUUUAAAGACAACAGGACCUCCCAGGUUAACACCAGCAGCUUCCAUGAGCUGAGCAUGUUCGAGGAAAGUGAGAUCAUAUUUGACAUGGUCAGAGACUUGCAGAACAACCUCCAGAUGGAGAAGGCCAUCUUCAAGUUCAUGAAACACCUCAGCUUCCUGAUUCGGGCGGAUAAAAUGAGUCUGUUCAUGUACCGGAUGCGUAACGGCACGGCUGAGCUGGCAACAAGGCUCUUUAAUGUGCACAAGGACGCCAACCUGGAAGAGUGCCUGGUCCACCCAGACAAUGAGAUAGUCUUCCCCUUGGACAUUGGCAUCUUGGGUCAUGUGGCUACCACAAAGAAGACUGUUAACAUCCCAGAUGUCUUGCAGAGCAUCCACUACAGUGACUUUGUGGAUGAGAUCCAAGAAUACAAGACCAAGUGCGUCCUGGCUACCCCCAUAAUGAACGGCAAGGACAUGGUAGCUGUCAUGAUGGCCGUGAAUAAAAUUGGAGCUCCACACUUCACUACGCAGGAUGAGGAGACUCUGAAAAAGUAUCUCAACUUCGCCAACCUGAUCCUGAGGGUGUUCCAUUUGAGCUACCUUCACAAUUGUGAGGCAAGAAGGGGACAGGUCCUGCUAUGGUCAGCCAGCAAAGUAUUUGAGGAGAUGACGGACAUUGAGAGACAAUUCCAUAAGGCCCUCUAUACCAUUAGGGAUUUUCUCAAUUGUGAACGGUACUCGGUCGGCCUCCUGGAUAUGACCAAGACUAAGGAAUUCUUUGAACUUUGGCCGGUGCUGUUGGGAGAAAAGCCUCCAUAUGAUGGCCCCAAGACUCCUGACGGCAGAGAAAUAAACUUCUACAAAGUGAUUGAUUACAUUUUACAUGGAAAAGAGGAAAUCAAAGUUAUAUCGAACCCUCCUUCGGACCACUGGGCUCUGUUUAGUGGCCUGCCCACCUACGUGGCUAAAGAGGGACUGAUCUGUAACAUUAUGAACGCCGCCCAAGAUGACUUCUUCAGCUUCCAAAAAGGACCUGUGGAUAGCUCCGGGUGGGUCAUUAAGAACGUCCUGUCCCUCCCUAUCGUGAAUAAGAAAGAGGAAAUUGUGGCAGUGGCAAGCUUCUACAACAGAAAAGAUGGGAAACCGUUUGACGAGCAGGAUGAGACUAUAAUGGAGUCUCUCACCCAGUUCCUUGGCUGGUCUGUGCUCAACGCAGACACCUAUGACAAGUGGAACAAGCUUGAGAACCGUAAGGACAUCUUCCAGGACAUGGUGCUCUACCACAUCAAGUGUAGGACGGACGAGACCCAGAAUGUAUUGAACACACGGGAUAGGUAUGGAAAGGAGCCACAUCAGUGUAAGGAGGAGGAACUGGAAGCAAUCCUGUCAGAAGUUCUACCAUCCUCAGAAACAUCGGAGCUCUUUGAGUUUCACUUCUGUGACUUUGAGCACAGUCAUUUAGACCUGGUGAAGUUAGGUAUUAAGAUGUACUACGAGCUGGGAGUGGUGGACAAGUUCCAUGUUCCCCGUGAGACCCUCACCAGAUUCUGUUACUCCCUCAGUAAGGGUUACAGACAGAUCACUUAUCACAACUGGAGUCAUGGCUUCAAUGUGGGUCAGACCAUGUUCACUCUGCUUAUGACAGGUGACCUAAAGCGUUACUACACAGAUCUAGAUGCCAUGGCCAUGGUAACUGCCGGCUUAUGCCACGAUAUCGACCACAGAGGAACCAACAACCUCUACCAGAUGAAGUCUGGAAACCCUCUGGCCAAACUCCACGGCUCUUCAAUCUUGGAGCGACACCAUCUGGAGACUGGAAAGACCCUGUUGAGAGAUCCUGCCUUAAAUAUUUAUCAGAAUCUGAGUCGUAGUCAGCAUGAGCAUGUCAUUCAUCUGAUGGACAUCGCCAUCAUCGCCACUGACCUCGCUCUCUACUUCAAGAAAAGAACUAUGUUCCAGAAGAUCGUGGACCAAUCAAAGACUUAUGAGAGCUGGGAUGAGUGGACCAAAUACAUGCGGCAGGAGACCACACGCAAGGAAAUAGUAAUGGCUAUGAUGAUGACGGCCUGUGAUUUGUCUGCUAUAGCCAAACCCUGGGAGAUCCAGAGCAAGGUGGCGCUGUCUGUGGCUGCAGAGUUCUGGGAGCAGGGUGACCUGGAGAGAACUGUUUUGGAGCAGCAGCCUAUUCCCAUGAUGGACAGGACUAAAGCUGCUGAUCUUCCCAAGAUGCAGUGUGGUUUCAUUGAUUUUGUCUGUGCUUUUGUGUACAAGGAGUUCUCUCGUUUCCACGAGGAGAUCACCCCCAUGCUGGAAAGGCUGCUGAACAACAGAAAGGAGUGGAACGCACUCAAGGAGGAACACGAAGCUAAGCUGGCCGCUCUGGAGGCAGCUAAGGUGACCGAGGAGGAGGUAGCCAAUGCCACCAUUGCAGCCAAACAAGCAACUGCAGCUGAAGCCGCCCCCCAGUCAAAGACAUGUGUCAUCAACUAAACUAGAGAGGUCCCAGUCCUGGCUUAGUGACUGCACCAAGACAGGACCUUUGUGUCGUCGUACCAGACUGCUAGAGCUGGUUAGCAUUACCCUAUCAAAACCUUGAAGUAUACUAGAGUUAUUCAGCGUUAACUUAGUCUUCCAGUAUACUGAACAAGUAACGUUUAGCAUUAGCUUGUCAUAGCCUUAUUGCAGCGCUGUACACUGAGCUACACAUGGUAAAAGGCCAGAGGAUCCACCGGUUGGAGUAGUGUGGACAGUUAAAUGCAGCCCAUUACUGUGCACUGAACACACUUUUAUGAAAUGUACAGUAUGCUUUAAAAAUGUGAACUUGACCUCCUGAGAAAUAUAAAAACUCAGUUCAAGGUAGGUUAUUAUUGGCAUAGGCAAAAUUCUGUUGCGGAAUAUGUAUUUUUCUAAUGAACAUUUAUUUCGGUACUUUGGUUAGUCCUUCACAUUCACAUUAUUCUGUUUACUCACUGCACUAUGAAUGACAAUAGGUAUGUCCAGUGCCGGCCCUAGCCUAUUGGGGGCCCUGAGCAAAAUUUUAUUUGGGGGGCCCCCUAGUGGUCUGGGGCCCUAAGCGACCGCCUAUUUCACUUACGCAUAGGGCUGGCCCUGGCUAUGUCUUCCAUGGUCAAUGUAUUUCCAUUCUCUGUAUCCAGGCACAUUGUAAUGAGUGGAAUGUCAGCUGAGCAAGGCUCCUAGUGUCCAUCUAUGUGUGGAAGGUUAGGGCCUGGCAGAAACCACUAGAGGUCUCCCUUUUGGGGGAACAUCUUAAUAUCAGCAAGGGGCUCCCAUUGUAUUGUACAGGUGAACAUUUCUUAUUGGGAGAGAUGACUCAGCAAAACCACCAAUCGUAACAAGCCCCAACUGUCGUGUGAGACAUUCUACGAUUUCCUAUGUCUCCUGUAUGUACUUCUGUGUUCAACCUUUUCCCUAGGCUACAUCAUGGCGGCACCUAUUCCUUGCUUUUUGCUUUUUGCUUCUGCAUUCAGCAAGGACUGGUGUUGUAAUCUGUAUAGUUGGGAAGGAGUUUACGUUUGAAUCUUGGCAAUGUAAAAUCACAACAACUGUCGUGACAGUUGUCCUCUGCGUUGGUCUCUGUACUUGUACUCAGUAGUUGACAUGAUACCUGUUCCCGUAUAUUUGAUUAAACCUGAAAUAAUCAGCUGUUAUGCUAA